GAAUGUGGUAUGUAGAGGAUGUGUCACAAAAGAGGAACUCUUCUCUGAACCACUGCAGAUAUUUAAUUUAUAUUUAUUCUAUCUAACUCUUCACGAGGGAGGGAACUGUACUAACUGCUGUCCAGAGGACAAUGAAUAACACAUUUUGUCAACGGAUCAGCUUCAACUUUACAGGCAGAUUUCUGCCUCCUGUUUACAUCUUAGUCUUCAUCAUUGGUCUGGCAGCUAAUGGAUGGGGAUUGAAGUCUCUGCGGCAGAACUGGAAGAAACUGGGUAACGUCAAUAUUUUUGUUCUCAACCUUGGACUUGCAGAUAUUCUGUAUCUGCUCACGCUCCCAUUUUUGGUGGUGUACUACUUCAUGGGGAGUAAAUGGAUCUUUGGAGAUGUGUUCUGCAGGAUAACAAGAUUCUUCUUCAACCUGAAUUUAUACGGCAGCAUUGGGUUCCUUACUUUUAUCAGUGUGUACAGGUACCUAGCUAUUGUCCAUCCAAUGAGAGUGAUGGGAAGAAUAACUGUCACCCACUCUGUGGGGAUCUCAGUCAUGGUUUGGCUGUUGGUGAGUGUUCAAAGUCUUCCAGACAUGUUCUACAAUAAAACAUUUGGAAACAAGACGUUAAAAUGCUACGACACCACCAGUAACAUCUAUGUUGAGGAUUACCUGAUAUACAGCCUCGGAUGGACCCUCACUGGCUUUUGUAUCCCAUUCCUCAUCAUACUGGGCUGCUAUGGACAUAUGAUUGUUUUUCUCUGCCGCACAAGAAUCUCUGAUGAGGUUCUGAAACGGAGAUGCUUGAAGCUGUUGUGCAUCUUGAUUCUUCUCUUCUCGGUUUGUUACGCCCCCUAUCACGUAUUCAAGAACCUCAACCUCUGGUCAAGAGUUCUGUCCAGACAGAAGAUAUGCAGUGGGUGGUUUAAUGGCGUCUACAUUGCUCAUCAGAUAAGUCGUGGCCUCGUGUCUCUGAACAGUGCUCUCAACCCUCUGGUUUACCUCCUUGGAAAUGAAGAUGUUCCUGCUCAGCUCAGACAACGACUCCAGCAAGCUCGUCAGAUAUUCAGCCAUCUGUUUAAAUUCUAGUGGCUCAAUUCACAGAGGACGUUAAGCAUAAGAACAACGUGUUUAACGUGUUGAACAAUAUAAUGGAUAUUAUACUGAUUGUCACAUCUACGGUAUAUUAAGUUAAUAUUUCCUUCUUUAGAAGGAAGAAGUUCUCAUUUUAAUUGGUUUUGUAUUAUAAUAAUAAUAAUUAAUAUUAUUAUGUUAAUUGUUUUAUAUAAAUGUGCUCAAUUAUUUAUUUAAUGGUCUGUUAAGUAAAGGGAACUUUGAAUUA